AUGAAAUCAUCAUUAAUUGUAAUUCGUUUACCAUGUUGGGGUUAUGAAAUUGAUUCGGCCAACGUGAAUGAUUGUCUUCUAUACAAACCUAUCUGUAACGGUUCAAGUCAAUCAUGGGCAACCGAUUCCGAUGAACAAAUGGACAUAUUUUUCAACACAGCCGAUUUCGGCUAUAUUCGACAACAACGAAAUGAACUUCAAUAUUAUUGUCUUCCAAAUUCACAUAAACAAGCCGCUUCACUUGAAUGUACUAAAUAUACACGAUUUUGUCGUGCUAAAAACAUUUUUAUGAAUUUUCGAAAUUUACUUCAUCUACAAGAACCGAUCCGAUACAGGGAAGAUAUACUUGAUUAUGGAGAUAUUGGUGGCCAUGAAUGUAAUUAUUUUCGCAAUAGUCUUCUUAAUGAAAAUGGUCAUAAAAGCCCAUUGAUGUCUUGGUUUGCUGAAAUUUCUCAAUUCCGUAAUGUAUCUCAACAACAUUCGGUCAAAUGUGAUGUCAACUUUGAUAAACCAACUUACAUCAUGAAAUUGGAUGCGACAAUCAACAUGUAUCAUCAUUUCUGUGAUUUUAUUAAUCUUUAUCUUAGUUUCCAUUUGAAUGGUUCAUUCAGUCGUGAUAAUCAAAUCUUAAUCUGGGAUUCCUAUCCAUAUCGAUCAAAUUUUGGUGUUGUUUGGCAGGCAUUCACCCGAAAUGAACUAAUGAAUCUAUCCAUGUUGAAAGGCAAAAAUGUCUGCUUUAAUGAUGUUAUUUUUCCAUUAUUACCACGAAUGAUUUAUGGUUUAUAUUAUAAUAUGCCAUUGAUUCCAGGCUGUAGUAAUAGUGGAAUUUUUCGUGCUUUCAAUCGCCACUUAUUAUUUCAUCUUAAUCUUAAAGAUUCUGAAAGUAUUAUUACUGAUAAUAAUCUAGAUAAUGUGAUAAAUAUAACAUUCAUCAAACGAAAUACUCGAUAUCGACAAAUACUGAAUCAACAACAGCUAAUCGAUUCUUUAAAAUCAUAUCUGAAAGCACAAAAUCAAACGAUCAAAGUAAACAUUCGAAUGGUUGAUUUUAAUCAUCGAAUGCCAUUCAUUGAACAGGUUCGUUUGUCAUCCCAAACCGACAUAUUGAUCGGUAUACAUGGCGCCGGAUUAACGCAUACAUUAUUUCAACCGGAUUACGGAAUUCUUUUUGAAUUAUACAAUUGUGAGGAUCAUGAUUGCUACAGAGAUUUAGCUCGUUUACGUGGCAUACAUUACCUGACAUGGCAAAAUCAAACAAAAUUCAAAAUCAUCACCGAUGAUUCGCAAAAAGCUGAUCAACAAGCAAUUGGAGCAGCACAUGCCAAAUUUGUUAACUAUCAAUUUGACCAGGAUGAAUUUGUCCGAAUAACCUGGCAAGCCAUCGUUGAAUUAUAA